CCCUCCUUUUUCUUUAUGUUUUAGCUCCAAGACCCUCUGCUGUUCCUAAACCCACCACUACCAGGACCGCCAGGCCUCCAGGGGUCCCUGCCUCUCGUCCCACUUCCACAGCGGCGUCUGGGAGAGCAGCUGCCGUAGCGACGAGGCCGCCUGGCGCUUCAGCUCCCUCUGGCGGUAGCUCCACAUCUGGAGCAGCGGCCGGACCUAAGAGAGAUGGCGCUAAACCCGCCCCAUCUGCUGCCAGGAAGCCCUCAGCUGCUGCACCUGCCGGCCGUGCCCCUCCUGCCACCUCCAGGACUGCCCCCCUCCACCACCACCACAGCCCCCCCUCGCAGCACCUCCGCGUCCCGAGCUCCUCCCCCUUCCCGAUCUGCCACCAAGACCACUGCAAGAGCUGCUUCCGCUCCUAGAGCUCCUGUUGCAGCAGGUACCGCUCCUAGAGCUCCUGCUGCAUCAGGUUCCGCUUCUAGAACUACAGCUGCAGCAGGUUCCACUUCUAAAACUACAGCUGCAGCAGGCUCUGCUUCGAGAAGUACAACAGGCUCCGCCUCUGCUAAAGCCCACCCCAAUGUUAGCUCCACCUCCAAAGCGCCUAAUUCAGGCCCCGCCUCCUCUGCCAAAGCCACGCCCUCCAAGGUGACCCAACCCAGGAGCCUGCAGGGCACGCCCCAGAGGCGUGUCAUGGCCAGCCCCCGCCCCACCUCAUUGGCCGCCGCACCGCCCGCGGGCUCCAAGCGGGGCUCUAAGCCCACUCAGCCCGUGCCCCCAUUGGCCCUCAACGGCAAGCCCGCAGGGAAGAGACCCGCCCAGCCCCCCGACACCAAGGCCCCCUCGGCUGGACCGGCACACAUCGCUGAGAUAACCGCUGCUGCGGCGACAAGCAUCACCGUAGCAGCAGUAGCGGCAGCAGCUUCCUCGGGCCUGGAAAAGGCUCCUGCUGAGGUGCAGCCAGAGGUGCAGUCUGCAGAUGCACCACUAGGGGGCAUUAGCUCUGCUGUAGAUGAAGAAGCAGCAGUAGAAGAAGAAGAAGCAGCAGCUGGGGUCUCUGGCCCCCCCAGUCCCACUCGCCCCCCACAGGAGCCCUCCAGCACUCUGGCACAACAGGAGCAGCAGACGGAUGAGGACGCUCACCUGACCGGAGAGCCGCACACUGGGAAGGAUGCGUCCUCACCCCAAAGGGAACACACUGGAAAGGAUGCGUCCUCACCCCAUAAACACACUGGGAAGGAUGCGUCCUCACCCCAAAGGGAACACACUGGGAAGGAUGCGUCCUCACCCCAAAGGGAACACACUGAGAAGGAUGCGUCCUCACCCCAAGAACUGCAAAAUGCUGGUCAGCCCCAAGAGCCGAUGUCUGUUGAGGACGCUUCCGUGACCAUGACCUUUGACCCCUCCCGAGCUGCCUGUGAGCAGGCCCCCAGUUACCCUGACCUGUCCUCCGCCACCACCAGCAGUAACCAUGACGACGAGGAGGAGGAGCAGGAGGAGGAGGAGGAAGGCGGCAGCCAGCAGGUGUCUCUCUCGGACAUGAGCGGGACCCAGCCCACCGAGGAGGCGGUUGCCGAGGGGGAGGGGUCUCGUCCAGGGUCCUCCCUCUGGCACGCAGCGGCGGGAGCAGCGGCUGCUGCGGCGGCGGACUCUGAGGACGGCAGCUGCAGCCAGCAGGGCCUGCUGGAGGGCACGGAGAGCACAGACGACCUGGGCGCCGACGCCAGCCUCAAGGGCCCCGACGACCUUGCGCCCUCCGCAGGCUCGCCCGACUCCGAGAGGGUCCCCGAGCUGCGCGCCGACGAGGACGACGAGGAGGUCGACGACGAGGACGACGAGGAGGACGAUCGCGUGUGCGACAUGGAGGUGGGGUCGGAGCGGGCGGACGGGCCUCCGCGGCGGCAGGGCGAGGAGGAGGAGGAAGACGAGGACGUAGAGAUGGCCAGCGAGCCCGUGACUGAGAGCGGGCUGGAGAGCUACGGCAACGAGGUGGACGACGACGACGACCAGGACUUCCCCGACGACGACCACUUUGACAACCUGGAGCAGCUGCCCCCGGGCUCCCAGAUGCCCCAGCCCUGGGGGAGCCACCCCUGGACCCAGCCCCAUGCCCACCCCCUGCCCCACCCCAGCAGCCCCAGCCCAGAGCCCCUGGAGCCCCCCACCCCCACCCAGGAGCUCCCCGCCGCCCUCCGACCCUGCUCCUCCACAGCCCUCGCGGGGCAGGUGCACGAGCUCCUUCUGGCCACUCCUCUGACCCCCUCCGCGCUUCCCGACAUCAUCCCGGCAACCAACCUCUGCUGGAGGGAGCCGCUGCAACCAGCAGCGCUCCAGACGCCCGGCUCUCCCGUCUCCUCGGCAACGGAGGACGAGACGAGCGACACGGAGGGCGAGAUGUUGCUGGACGAGCCGGUGGCCGCGGUGGCAACGGUGGCGGCGGUUGCUACGCAGGAGCAGCAGGCCGCGCCCCUCCCCGUCCUGGAGGAGAGCGAAGAGCCGGCCACCCCCAGCGCCUGCCCGGGCUUGCUCUCCCUGGAGGAGCCGUCGUCGUCGACCGCCGAGAAGGAGGAGGAGCCUAAAGGGGCGUCGAGCGUCCACGCGGUGGAGGAGGGAGCGUUGGAGCUGGCGCCCCUCAGCCUGGAGCAGGAGGGCUACAUGCAGUGCGGCGCGCCCCACGCAGAGCGGCCUGAGCUGGGCAAGGCCCUCGAGGAGGAGUCCCUGGAGCCUGGGGCGGGGCUGGAGGGGUUUCUCCAGCUAUGCCCCGCCCCCAUAUUAGGCCAUGCCUCCCCUGUCUUCCACAAGCCCCACCCCUUUGAGGAUGCUAACCCGUCCCAGCCGUACUUCGCCACCUUCGGGGAGAAGAGUGAUGACUCGCUGGCAGGUAACGCAUAAGCUACACAUGCAAAUCAGACCCCUUUAGCAUUAAACCCUACACCUCCUUCUGAUCUCUCCUUCUGAUCUCUCUCUCUCUCUCUCUCUCUCUCUCUCUCUCUCUCUCUCUCUCUCGCACCGUAGAGAGAAUCUGAUUGAAAAAGAUUGACAUGGGGAAAAAAACUGAAUAAGAAGGGGUGAAGGUGAAAGACUGAACCCAGCUGUGUUCUUACGCUAUGGCAACGCUCAGCCGUGUUCUUUCCUGUGUGCUAAAUGCUCUGCGCUGUCAGCAGUGCUAUGGCAACGCUCUCUUGUGUGUGCAAUGGCUGCAGUGGACUCUUAGAAUGGACGGUUGGGAACGGAAACUGUGUUUUUGUUUACUUGUUUGUUUGUUUGUUUGUUUCCUGAUCUUUUAUAAUGAGUGUUAUGAGCAGACAGAGCUGGUGUGGGUUGGGUUGGACAUUGGGCUGGGAGGCUGGAGUGAUCCUGUUGAGCUGAUGGAUGUUGCUAAACUUUGCACAAAAAAAAUCAAAACCGCUAUUGCACUUUAGGGGGUGGUGUAAACCCUCCCACUGACACACGGACAUACAUAUACACAUACGCACGCACAUACUAACGGAUACACACACACACACACAGACUUAAGCACACACAGGCGCACACACCUCUGUGAUGUCAUCUGCUGGUCUUUGUCAAUGUCUCCCUCCUGCACUGCAACUGUCUGAGUGUGAUGGAAUAAUAAUAAAGGUGUUGUGUUUA